GGAGGCCGGGACGGCGGUAGUCGGGAUGCGGUCCACGCCGGCGCUCAUGGCGGGUGGCCCCCGUCGGCUGGAGCUGCCGGUGGCGAUGGCGGUGCUCUCACCUCUGGCCCGGUGCUCAUGGAGGCUGCGAAGCCUGAAGGUUCGAGAUUGCAAGCUUCAAUUCAGAGAUUAUUUCUUAUGAAUUCCUACACGUGUGUUCGAGAUUAUUUUUGAUGAAUUCCUGCUUUAGUUUCAGAGCUUGCAAGCUCGGUGAAUCAGAUACUAAUCUUAUUGGCUUGAAUUGGCUGCUUUAAUCUAAUGGGAAAAUCAGCCCAUGGCAUGGAAGUAGAGGAAAGUCUGCACUGCACAGGUCUACAUCCAAUGGGAAAUCGGAUUUUAUGGAGUGACGAAUUCUCUGAUUGGCAAUAUGAUUGCGCCACAUGAACAUGAAAUUCCAACUUAACCUGCCUUUUCUCCACAUCCAAUUUAUUGCCGUUUCCUGCAACAUCGUUGGAAUAUUUCAAACUGUUGAAAUUAUGUCACACCUUCAACUACAAGACACUGAACAUUGCACUAGUCAUUUUCACACACACUUUUUUCACUUGUGAUUGAGAGAUUUGUUGUAAAUAAGUGGUUAUAUACCAGCAUCCAAUAUCCUCAUUGGCCGACCCCGGAGAGUGAUAGGGAUUAUCGCCUAUUUAACGACAUGUACACAAGGAGAGAAGUGCAGGGUACUACAUUCGUUGAGGACCUACAGCUCCACCCACCACCCCACCUCCUUGCUCAACCAUGAAGACAUGCAUGGCAGCUUUUCAUGGUCCAUCUUCUCACUCAUACCCUCCUUUAUCUCACACCCAGCUCUUCUCAACCCACCAGCAACCAAAGUAGCAACUACAGCGCCGAUCUCCCUGUGCUCCUAUCAUUCAAACCGUUGAUAACCGGUGAUCCUACAGAGGCACUGUCCUCUUGGUCUUGGGACCCUGUCAGGAAUGGCACGAGCACGGUGCCGUUGCUGAGCAGGAACUACCUCUAUGGUUCCAUGCCUGCUUCUCUAGGUCUCCUAUCAAACCUCACAUCUCUCAACGUUACCCAUAACAAUCUGACUGGUGAUAUUCCCAUGUCAUUCUCCAACCUCACAGCACUCACGAACCUUAGCAUGCAUAGCAACUACUUCCAUGGCCAAAUCCCCAGCUGGCUCGGCAACCUGACUUCACUGACACACUUAGGAUUAGCCCAGAACAGUUUCAAUGGCCAUCUCUCUCCAGCUCCUGGUAAGAUGGCUAAUCUUGUUAUAUUUGACAUCACAGCUAACAGACUGGAAGGCCCUUUUCCUCCAUCCUUGUUCAAUCUUUCUUCCGUCACAGACUUCCGCAUCAGCUUCAACCAGUUUUCAGGAUCUCUGCCACUUGAUAUUGGCUUUAAGCUUCCCAAGCUACGUAUUUUCGCCACAAAUGGGAACCAAUUCGUUGGACCAAUACCAGCCUCCUUGUCAAAUGCAUCCGCACUUAAAGAUUUGUUUUUUCGCGGAAAUCAGCAUCAUGGGCUGAUUCCACAGGACAUUGGCAUCCAUGGUCAUAUCCGGAUAUUUUCCUUAGGACACAAUUUUCUUCAAACCACAGAGCGUAGGGAUUGGGAUUUCCUCACAUCCUUAACCAACUGUAGCAACCUGACAAUACUAGACCUUGAACAAAGCAACCUCGAAGGUGUUAUGCCAGUCACUAUUGCCAACCUAUCUACAGAGCUCUACUGGCUUACAAUAGGCAGAAACAAAAUAGCUGGGACCAUACCUGCAGGUUUAGGAAAGUUUCAAAAACUUAGAAAGGUCAUCCUCGCAAAUAGCCUUUUCACGGGCACUCUGCCUCUGGAUAUUGGCCAGAUUCCUGGCCUCCAGUAUCUUGACCUAUCCCAUAAUAGAUUCUAUGGGCGGAUUCCACAGUCAUUAGGCAAUAUCACACAAUUGAGCAACCUCUCUCUAUCUAAUAACUUUCUAGAUGGCAGCAUUCCAGCAAGCCUUGGUACCCUCACAAAACUUGUAUCUCUGGAUCUUUCCGCUAACUCCUUGAUGGGGGAAAUCCCACAGGAGAUACUUAGUAUUCCCUCUCUUACCUUACUUCUCAACCUCUCCAGCAAUGCUCUAAGUGGCUCCAUUCCAACACAGAUAGGGAAGUUGAACAGCCUUGGCAUAAUCGACCUAUCAAUGAACAAGAUGUCUGGUGAAAUCCCAGACGCUCUCAGCAGUUGCGUCCAACUGAAUUUCCUAAAUUUGCAAGGAAAUAUUUUGCAAGGGCAAAUACCGAGAGGCUUUUCUUCUUUGAGAGGCCUCGAAAAGUUGGAUCUUUCCAAUAAUAACUUAGCAGGACCUGUACCUGAGUUCCUCCUGAGUUUGGAGCUCCUAACGUAUCUAAACCUCUCUUUCAACAACUUAUCUGGCCCCGUUCCAAAUACAGGGAUCUUUCACAAUGCCACUGUAUUGUUGCUCCCUGGUAAUGGCAUGCUAUGCGGGGGUCCCCCAUCCUUGCAACUCCCUUCAUGCCCAUAUAGCCAGGCUUCGCAGCAUCGGCGUCGAGUCAUACUCUUUUGCAUUGUUGGAAUUUUGAUCUUCUUCAUGUGCUCCCUAACUGCAUGCUACUUGAUGAAGACAAGAAUCAAACCAAACAGUGGUGCUGAUCAAGAAAUCGAAUUUCGCCAUGAGAUGCAUGAGAGGAUAUCCUAUGCUGAGAUAGAUGCAGCAACAGAGUCAUUCUCACCGGCAAAUUUGAUUGGUUCUGGAAGUUUCGGCAACGUGUACAUAGGAACUCUAAAUCUUGAUGAGAGUUUAUAUACUGUAGCAAUCAAGGUUCUCAAUCUUGGCAAACGAGGAGCUAAUAGAAGCUUCUUGAGAGAGUGUGAAGCCCUAAGGAAGAUUCGACACCGGAAACUCGUCAAAGUGAUCACUGUGUGUAGCAGUUUGGACCGUAAUGGUGAUGAGUUCAAGGCACUUGUCUUAGAAUUUGUCUGCAAUGGAAAUUUAGAUGAGUGGCUGCAUCCAAAAGCAAUGACUAACAGCAUGACCUUUAGAAGGCUAAGUUUGAUGGAAAGGCUAUGCAUUGCUCUUGAUGUUGCAGAGGCAUUAGAAUAUCUUCACCAUCAAAUUGAGCCAUCCAUAGUUCACUGUGAUAUCAAACCAUGCAACAUCCUUCUAGAUGAUGACAUUGUUGCGCACGUUACCGACUUUGGUCUAGCAAAGAUAAUGCAUACUGAAGAAUGCGAGCAUGGUGGUGGUGGAACUGAAAGCAGCUCACUUGUAAUUAAAGGCACAAUUGGAUACGUUGCACCAGAGUAUGGCUCAGGAUCCAAACCCUCCACGGAAGGCGACGUAUAUAGCUAUGGGGUGUUGCUAUUGGAAAUAUUUACUGGAAGUAGGCCAACUGACAAUUUCAUGGAUGGUGUGACAGGCCUUGUCGGCUAUGUCAGGAUGUCCUAUCCUGAUAAGCUACUGGAAAUAUUGGAUGCUAGUGCAACCUACAGCGGAGACACGCAGCAUAUCAUUGAUAUAUUCUUAUAUCCUAUGUUUAAGCUUGCCCUAGCUUGCUGCGAGGAUUGCCCAAGGCACAGAAUGAAGAUAGAUGAUGUAGUCAAGGAAUUGAACAUCAUAAAGAGAGCACGUGCAGCUCAUAAGGCUGUCCAUGAGUUUCGAGCAACCGCCUAAUCCAUAGGCGAGCAAUGAAGCGUUAUGAUCAUCUUUUCUGUGUGCACCCUGAUGCUAUGGAAAUGGAAUGGGAGUUCUGAAAUGUGCUUCUAAAACUUAUGCUUCUGUUAUUUGAUCAUAUAGUGUUUGGACUUCAUCUGAGGCGUGCUCAUAUCGAAGUUCACCGGUGUGUGUGCUGUUUUGUAUUGCUGGCGUUCGGUGCCUGGAAUUCCCUGAAGUUCAGUUCUGGUGCCAUCCUGAAAUCUGUAGCUUGGUCUGUACAGUUCUCGUGCCGUCCUGAAAUCCAUAGCUUGGUCUCCGCCUCCGAACUCGCCGUAUCAGCAGGGGUAGUCCUCCAUGUCAGCACUCACUACUCACAUUCAGUGUGUCGCCUUGGAUAAGCUGACAAGCGGACCCUCCCUGUCAGCAGUUAUGAUGAAGCAUUCGAGGCCAUUUGUUGAUCAAGCAUUAAUUGUAGGAGAAUUAUCACUGUCUUAGCUUCAGCUGAUGACUGGAUGCAAAUCUAUACGGCCUUCUGCCAGAUAACCUGCUAGUAAUUUUUCACUCUGUCAAAAAGCUCCCAAGCAGUAUAAUACCGGCGUGUUGAAUUCAAACGGCUCGGGUAAUUUAUGGGCUGCCACGGCUCUCUUACAUCUUUUAUGAUGGAAAAUCAGAUGUCUAAGUGUGAUUUCAGAAAGGAAAAGAAAAAAGAAAAGGGGCAAAAGAAAAAGACAAAAGGAGAAGGAAACGGAAAAGUGUGUCUACAAAUGCAAUGGAGCCCUCAGGAACAGAAAUAGCAUCUGCAGAUUUCAGAAAGAAAAGGGCCAGAUCGUGUAUGACUGUACAUGGAAAUAAUUAUGUUCUGAUGAGCUUCGGUUUAACUGCAACACUGGCUGAAUUUCUGAAGACAGUAGAGGUGGAUUACAUAUGUCUAAACCAAAGAGAUCUGUGAUUUUAUUGGCGAUAGACUGAAGAUUUUAAAAAAAAUCAGAUGGGUCAAGGCCCUGGGCCCAAAUGGGUUGUCCAAAUAAUAUCUUUGUGAACUUGUGAUGAGGUUCUAACUGUUUUUUUUUUUGCCACAUGAACCUACUAUAUUACUCUAUCCGUUCGCAUUCACAUUGGCGUUCUCGUUUUUCUUCGUUUAACUUUGGCCAUUAGUUUGACCAAUAAUGCAUGUGUUGUCUGUUAUAAUUUUUUUCAUCAUCGGAUCUUUUCGAACAAGAAUUUGAUGAUAUAGUUUUGUGACCCACAAUCCUUGUUUAGUUGGUUAAAUUUAUGGUCCAACUCGAAUUUUGAAAUAUGUGCACACCACGUAAUUUAGGAGGAAGGGAGUACCCUUGUAACGAAAUGUAUCUUGUCCACCGUCGAUCUGUAUCGAAAGUAAGCUCGUUCUGGAUAGCUUACUUUUAUUUCA